UUGAAAUCCCACUGAUACUACUUUAACUCAUGUCUAUCUCUAAAUGUUUUACAGCACCGGAAGAUGGCGCGCUUUCCUCUGUCUGGUAGUGUACAACUAUUGACCCGCGGAAGAAGAAGAUGAUGGCACGCAGAACGAGGAAGUACCGGUAAAUAGUCAUGAGUUAGACAGCGGAGCCGGUUAGGUAGUAAGUUUUAACUCAGUAGAACUAUUUUCAGACCGACACCUGUCGUCAUACUCAUGGCGGGAUUCGGUGAGAACAGCGGCCGCCAAGCUGAAGAACAUGACGGGACAAACAGCAGAAAUGUCCCCGAGCCUGUGUGUGGGACAGGUGACCCCGCGGUGACUGUCCCUCGGGGGCUGUGGUCCUCAAAUCGUGACCAGAGGAAAAAGUUAAUCCUGCAUAUCGACCUCAACAACACCAUACUGGUGUCGGACGCCGUGACUGGUCAGGGGACUUUAGCUGCUCUGGACUAUUUCCUCACAACUGUCACCUGGGGAAAGAUGAGCAAACACGGAAAGUGGGAAUGGCUGAGCGACUCUCCCUCCCUGCUCCCACCGUGUGAUGAUGCCGUUAGUUACUACUCUCAGUUUGGACGGAUACCAGGUUUCACCUCGGCUGCUGGGCGACGUUUCCGUGGGGUUCUGGAUGAGCAUCUGGCUCUUCUCCGCUGGCCCGAGGGCAUCCAGGGAGACAGACAGCUCGCUGUAAAAGGAGAGGAUGGACGACUGUACCACUGGAUCCUCCCCUCCUUCUUCCAGCUGAUCAAAGACCUGGUGCAGGAAGGAAGGGAGUUUGCCAUCCUUUUUCGUACGUUUGGAAGCGACCUACCUCGUGUGCUGAAGGCUGUAUGCAGAGCACUGAAUGAAGGGGCUCAUCCACUGUUCCCUGAUCUGCCUGAUCUCAAGUUAAGUGUGAAUAUGACUCCGGGCAAGAUCCGCUGCAGCAAGAGGGGAAUCGUGCUUAGCCGAGCUGAGGACCGCGUGUCGACUUGUGAUGGAGAAAGAGGCCUUUACCAGUACUUGAGCUCAGUCCAGGGCCUGGGAGGAUUUCAGGACCACUUUGACUGGUGGGCUGCUAAUACCUUCUCCAUCCGUGGGGGGAAGCCAUUGUGGGUCGACCCUUUUGACCAAAAUGUUCAGCACAUUUUCAUAGAUGACAACAUACGACAGAACGACGAGGAUACCAUAGUUCAUCCCAAGGUUUUCUUGGACCCAGGUGGCGCUGAGACUCGUACAGCCUGCACGUCUGAGCUCUAUGAUAUCACGCUGGUCCAGAACGACCUCCUCCGGGCCAUUUCUGACCCAAGCCACUUCACUCAGCGUGUCCACAUCUGCCUGGAAAACUAUGAAAGGAAUCUCCAGCAGGGGGCAGGCUAGAACACAGUUCAACCCCCAACUCCCCGUAUGACUGUUUGUCUAUGUGACAACCUCCAGUUCGGGGUUCCAUUAACUCAGACACCACAAUCCCAGCACAGACAGAGGAUGCAGCCACAGUAGACUGUAGGUAUACACAAAGGCUGAGGACUUAUUGAAGGACUGGAGUUCAUCAAACCAGAAAUGGAAGAAGUUUACACAUGGAGGAAGAUAACAUGAAUAAAUAUGCAGAUGAGGAAGGAUCACAGUUAUUAUCUGAAGAUGAAAUAUUCUAAAAAAAAAAAAUCUCAAGAAGGACAAACUAAAUGCACUUGAGUGAGAUUUAGAAGCAGCCUAAUAAGUAGGAUUUUAAUUAGUCUCAAGCAGUUCAAAUACCACACAGACUUUAUCUACUCCAGGACAGCAGUAAAAGGAUGUCAGCUUAUACAAAGAGCACUUCACAAAUAGAGUGUACUGUCUGCUGUCCUAAGGUGAACCGCCACAAAGAGUUUUUGACUCGAUUAAGCCCUAAAGUGGCCGGGCCAGACUCUCUGAUUGCAGCAAAGGCUCUAUGACUCUAAUCACGCCACGGGAUAAUUGCCCGAACUCUCUGAAAUUUUUGUCAGACAGCAUAAUUGGAGUCAGAUAUGGUGAGUGUUGCAUUAGUUGUCCAGUGAGUAGAAUCCACCAGGGUUUUCUUUCAGCUCUUGUGACACUUUCAUGCAGCUUCUCCCUUACAUUGUUAAGAAAAUGUAUUUUAACAUUGUUGGCCAUCGUCUACAUUGUUUACAUCCACUCAGAACUAAAAAAGCUAAUACUUGAACACUUCCAGAUGACAAAAGAAUAUGACUACUGCGUAUGACUGUGUAAGUUAAGGGUGAUACCUCAAAGCGCACUACUGUAUUAACACAUUACUAAGGCAAUCAGAAAGGCUUUCUAAUGUGACUAAAUUGCUAGUAAGAAUCACAAAACACACCAUAUUAGAUUCACAAGACAUCAUAUUAGAUUCAUAAUAACACACAUAAUUUCAAGAGUAAUCCAUAUCCAUGAUGGAUUUGUCAGAGCAGUUUGAUUAUACAAAGAAAUAUCUUCUCGAAGCACUGAGACAUACAGUAUCAUUAGGUUGAACAUGGGUUUGGGUUGUGUUUGCCUGAAUUAUUUACUGUGGUUUUUAUUAUUUGAAAGCACCCUUGUGUGAAAGAUUUAAUUAGUUGAAUUUGUGUGGAAGUUAUGGUGAUUUUUGCUUUGAGGGUUUUAGGAUAUAAUUAUUGUUAAGCUUCCUGGGAGAUUUUUAACUGCUGUAUUUUCCUGAGGUCAGAUUUAGAGAGACAGCUGAAACAGUAUCAAUAAUCUAAAGAAAAAUACUCAAAUACAGGUUUCUGAGGACCACUGAGAACAGCUGAGCGAUAAUGUUAUACUUUUUAAGUAUAUAUUGAACAUGGAUUUCCUUAAAAAUAGAUUAGUAAAAUUAAUAAAUACAUUAGUAAGGAAAAUGCAAAGACAAAACUGGGUUGGAAGGCUUUGUUGGUGGCGGUAAUAUUACAGUAUUUUACCAUUGCUUUGGCUCAGUUUUCAUAACAGAGUUUCAAUGUGCAAAACUCACACAAAAUUAAAACAUCUGUAUCAAAUUAGGUAAUACAACAUGCAUAGGUUUAUCAGAGCAUUGCAGUGAAUUUUAAUCGUUGUUGCAUUUUAAAGUAAAAUGAUUAUUAAGAUAUAAUGCUUACUUAAACAGUUAGCUAAUUCUCAUCAAAACAGUCUCAAUCAUCAUUUCCUUAAAAUUAUACGAGUAGCAAAAAGAAAAAAAUCUGUAAUUUAUGAAGAAGUUUGUAUUUGAAAUGUAGAUUAAGAAUGGCUUAAAUUUGAUUAAUUGAUGAUGUAUUACUGUAAAUAUAGACUUUACAGUAAAUUCUACAUUCAUACAAGGUAAAAUGAUGAUUACUUCACUCUAUCGGUUUACUUUUUCUGUUCUGUUUCGACCACAAAGUUUGUUACAUAUUAUUCAAGACACCAAACCUUAGAUAAUCAAUUACUUGUAUAAGUUUGAUCAUCUAAAAUACAGUAAGCUACAGUAAUACUGUAUUUCUCGACAGCAAGGAGAAAUGCUUGCAGACACGUGUUACAUUGAUUCAGUGAUCUGUAUACUUGGUAAUAGGCACUGAAGCUAAUACGUAAGCCAAUAGGUGGCUUUAUUCUGAGCAUGUGAUUGCAUGUGAGUGUUUAGCACUUUGUAGGUAAGGACAGCAAUUUGUGGUAAGGAAAAGGUUUAGCAAGUGAGCUUGACACUUUGCAUUAUGAGUUUUGCACACUGAAACUUUCCCGUGAAAACUUAGCCUAAGCAGUUGUAAAAUACUGUGAUAUCACACGGUCAUCAUUAAUUCUGAUGCUGCCAUGCAUUUGAAUGCUCAUCACAUCAAAACUUGUACUUUUUCCAUUAUUUAUUUUUCUGAUGUCAUACAGAGUUAAAUAAACCUGUAAGUUUUUUUUUAUUAAACUGUU